UUUUAAAAUUUAUAAUAUAUCAUUUAAAAGAGAGCCGGUUCCUUUCACUCGCUUCACCUCUCCCUAAAACCCUAACAACAGCUCUCUUCCGAUCCCCACAUGUCUAUGGCUCUCCAUCUGGCCAGGUCCAAACGCAGAUCCCUCACCAACCCUUCUCUCCUCCACCGUUUCUCCACUUCCUCAAAUGACCCAAACAACGAAAAAGCCACCGCCAACGACAACUACUCCAGCAAUAAUCCCCCUUCAGUCUCUUCUUACUUCAGCGAUGUCAAAGCCAGCCUUAAACAACAACAACAACAACAAAAGCAAGAGAGACCCAGAAACCCCACAUAUCCUUCAACUCCAUCCUCCAAACCCAUGUCCAUGAGCGCUUCGUUACAGGAAAUCCGCAAGAAUCUCUCCGAGUUCCGCCGACGAUCCGCCGCGCCGCCUCCCACUGAGUCCUCUCCAACACCUUCACAAUCACAGCCCCGUAUUUCAUUCCAAGAGUUAUACAAACGGAACGUCUUAGCAAAACAGGGGGUGUCCAAUGAAAGCCCUGACAGUUCCAGUCCUGGUGGGAAAUUGUCGUUUGAUGCUAUAAGGAAUAGUCUACGGCAAAUGAGAUCGAAUUCUGAGGCGAAUAAUGUGGAAAGAAAACCGGGGUCGUUUUUGUCUUUGUCUGAAUUUAAGGAUAGUUUAAAGUCGAAGCCUUCGGAUGACAAUGUGGUCCGCCCGGUGAUUGGAGGGUCGUCGAGCGAGCUGCCAACCUCAGUUUUUGGGAGGGAGAUGAAGGAGAUGACCAAGGGAAGACAGGCUGCGAUGAAGACAGAUUUUGUUAAGAUGUAUGGUUAUACAGAGUUGGGGCUGAAGUUGAAGGAGUUGCGGCCAAAGGCAAAGGGAGGGGAAGGGUGGUUUUCCUUGCGGGAGUUGAAUGAAAGGUUGAUGAAGUUGAGGGAGAUGGAGGAGAAGGAGACUGAGUCGCGGAUUGGUGGGGUUUUGUUUAAGGAUUUGAGGGAGAGCUUGUCUAAGCUAAAGAUGUCUGAGGACGAGAAACAGAAAAAAACGUCCCUCCAGAGAAUUGAUAUAUUGGACCACUUGGGUAGAACUCCAAAUUUUAUGUUGCAGCCUCCAAAGGAGCAUUUAGUUGAAAAGUAUUUCCAUCCAGAUAACAUGUCUUCUGCUGAAAAACUAAAAAUUGAGCUUGCAAAAGUUAGAGAUGAAUUUAAGACGUCAGAGUCAGAUUGUGGAUCUGCACGUGUUCAAGUGGCACAACUCACUACCAAGAUCAAACAUCUGUCAUCGGUUCUGCAUAAAAAGGAUAAGCACUCAAGGAAAGGUCUUCUAGCAAUGGUGCAGAGGAGGAAGAAGUUGUUGAAGUAUCUCCGAAGAACUGACUGGGAUUCCUAUUGUCUUGUUCUCUCAAAGCUUGGUCUCAGGGAUAAUCCGGAUUACAAGAACUAGACUGACUAAUUAGCAAAUGAACUAUUGUAGAAAUCUUUCAGAACCAAAGAGAGUACUUCAGUGUAAGCUCUUUCAUGAAAUUUUUAUAACGAGGUUGAUCGAUAACAUUUUGUAUCAAUUCAGGGAGAUAAGAGGAAAACGGAAAAUUUUAGUUGAACUAUUUUAUUUUCCAUCAUUCAGUUUUGGAGUCCCUAUAGGAAAUGAUUGUAGGGUUGUUUGAGUUUUGAAUAAUCCUGGCAGUUCAUGUGACUAGUUUGUGUAAAAUACUGUAUUCGUAUCAUAUUUUAUAUGAAAAUUAAAUGUUACAGUUC